AGGCAGGACUGGCAGGGUGCGGUCUGAAGUGGCAACAGAUCGUUUUGGAUCACUCAAAUCCCUCCAAUUCAAGUGGAAAGCUGCAGCUCGGUGCGCGCUGGCCGCAUCUGGAGAGAGGACGAGCUUUCCAGCAGAGCAGCGGGCUGACACAGGCUGAUGUUGUGACAUGUUCCCAGCGCAGAAGAAAAGAGAGGGAGAGAAACCACAACACUGCAACUGGGCUAUCAGUAACCACUCUCUCUCUUUGACUCUCUCACCCACCGGAUCGACUUUGAACCUGUUUGUUUAAAUUCACGGACUUUACAGCCGGCACACUUACUGUUGAUCCUGAUAGGCGGAGGGAGGGAGGGAGCUUUCCCAGUUUGGCUCUGUUUUCUUUGGACCAGCUGAAACCUUUUCGGUGUCCUCAUGGUGCCCGGUGCAGCCGAGGUGCUGAGCUUCUUAGAUCCGAGUUUCCCGGACGUGAUACCGCGACUGUCACGGACGAUGGAGUCAGGAGCCGAACCGGAGAAGUACUGAAGACAUCUCCCUCUCUCUCCCCCGGGAGAGUCCUCCCUCCCCCGCGGGGCGAUGCGGAUCUCCUUCCUCCUGCUCACCGCCUCUCUGUGCGCCUUGGUCCUCCUCCUCGCACCUGCCUCGGAGGGCUGCGGACCGGGGAGGGGGUACGGCAAGAGGCGGCUCCCGAAGAAGCUCAUCCCGCUGGCUUACAAGCAGUUUAGCCCCAACGUGGCCGAGAAGACCCUGGGAGCCAGCGGGAGACCCGAAGGCAAAAUUACGCGCAACUCGGAACGCUUCAAAGAGCUGACGCCGAAUUACAACACAGAUAUCAUCUUUAAAGAUGAGGAGGACACGGGGGCGGACAGGCUGAUGACCCAGCGUUGCAAAGACAAGUUAAACUCUCUGGCCAUCUCUGUGAUGAACAUGUGGCCCGGUGUGAAGCUGAGGGUGACAGAGGGCUGGGACGAGGACGGUCACCAUUCGGAGGACUCGCUGCACUACGAGGGGCGGGCUGUGGACAUCACCACCUCUGACAGGGACAGAAACAAGUAUGCCAUGUUGGCUCGGCUGGCCGUGGAAGCUGGAUUCGACUGGGUCUACUACGAGUCCAAAGCUCACAUUCACUGCAGCGUCAAGUCAGAGCAUUCUGUGGCAGCCAAAACCGGUGGUUGUUUCCCUGGCGACGCUCAGGUUACCCUCGAGGGCGGUGCUACCAAACAGAUGCGUGACCUCAACCCUGGCGACCGCGUCCUGGCCUCUUCAGCUUCAGACAGUCUCGGCCCCCUGCUCUACAGCCCGGUCUUAUCCUUCCUGGACCACCAACCCAACGCCACAAAGAUCUUCUACAUCAUCGGCACCAGCACGGGACUGAAUAUCUCUCUCACAGCAGCUCACCUGAUCUAUGUGACGGACUGCACGGGCGAGAGAGAGCCGGCUGAGGAGCCGCUUGGCUUCAUACGUGAUGGCAGGCCUCGCUCCAGGGGCCCGCGGACAGUUUUUGCCAGUGAUGUGGUGCCUGGACAGUGUGUACUCACCUCACAAGGAAGAGAGAGACCACAGGCGACUCUUUCAGUCAUCACCUUCGUAGAGGAGCGGAGGAGCACGGGGCUGUACGCCCCUCUAACCCAGCAUGGAUCCAUAGUGGUGAACGGCGUGUUAGCAUCCUGCUACGCCGUCCUGGGCAAUCACCAUUUGGCCCACUGGGUCCUGGCCCCGCUGAGAUUCUUCUACAGCCUAAUGGGGCCCUCAGAGCCGCAGACUGACGGCCUGCACUGGUACCCCUGGCUUCUUCAAAGGCUGGGGCAGAUACUGCUGGAUGCUGGGCACUUCCACCCCUGGGGGACCGAGCAAGGAUUCAGAGAUGAGCAUCAGAGACACGUCUCACACUGAUGAUGUCACUCACUUAUCUUUACACGGAAGAACCAAAGGAGCACCAGAGAUAUUUUUAUAUUGGAAACCUGUUUUUACCUACUCUGCUUGUGUAUUUGCUGUAAGAAAAAAACUCUGUGUAGUAGAGAGGAGGCUAAGACGUCCUGUUCAAUACUUCUGGUAAACUGAGUGAAAUUCAUCCUGAGGAUUAGGAAGACCAGGCAGAAACAGUUUAAUAAGCUCACGAUGAACAUGAACUUUAACACCAACAGAAAUAUCCACACCAGCAUCUCCAGCUCCAUAAAACAGACAACAGACAGCGGGCACUGAAGAAGACAAUUCUCACAUUAAAGGGGACAAGUUAUGCAAAAAUGACUUUUUCAGGCUUUUCUAACAUAAACAUGUAGUCCUGGUCCGUCCACAACCCCCUCAAGUACAAAAAAAUCCAUUCCCUCCCCCGUCUCUUUCUCCAUCUUUCAGAAAAUGUGUGCUUAAACAAGCCAUUCUCAGAUUUUUCCCCUCAUGAUGUCAUGUGGGAAGUUAGCCCC